AUGGAUGACGACACACAAGACUGGGCAUUCAGUGACUCGGGACUGGCCUACAACACUGGGAAGCCGGGCCGGGACAAGUUCAAGAUUAUACGAGUGAAACCGACUAGCGAGAAAAGUCUAAGCUCAAAAGCUAAAGUCAGUUUUGCGAAUAUGGAUACAGAGUUGACCAAAACCGACUUCACUGAACAAGAAAAUGAUUGGGACAUCAAGACAACGCCUACCACGGAACUUGUCUUACUUGUUGGCGAAUGCAUGGCUGAGCGGGACGAUGAACUCCUCUCAGCGGAAUACCGCAACAAUACUCCUCGUACGAUGAAUGUUGCAUCUUUUGACAGUAAGAGACAUGCAUAUCUGAAUACGAGAGACUCUGGUCUCAUUGUGAGAUUACUCGGAGACAAUGCGGAAAGAAGACGAUUCUUUACUCUCGAAGAUCGACAGGAUGGCCUUUGCAACUUGAGACCACUUGCUUCAGUCAAAACAAACGGGGCUUACAAAAAGGUUUACUGGUAUUCUGAGUUCUUUGUCGGCGACCGACAAACUAGAAGAGAGGAUCAAGCGGCGAACAUCAAGCGAACCAUCGCAAAGUAUGUCAGCGACACUAUAGAAAAUCUAGAUGUGCCUGUGCGUCCAAGGGCUUCCCAGUUAUCGGAAGAUGAGCGCACAUGCUCCUCUAUCGAUCCAGCGUCUUCGUUACAGUCUUUAUGUAUGUCGGCGAUGGCAAUGUAUGAAGAAACUGGCUCGAUCGAUGACCUGGAGGGACUCUUCACAGCUUCACAGAUUGCAAGAGGCUCUUCGGACCCAUGUGCCGUGUUGGAUGAGAAGAAACAUUACCUUUGGGAGUGUAUCCGACAGCUUGGGCAAGGCGACAUGACACGUCGAGGGGCCCGCCGGCUGCUUGAGGCCUAUAAAUUAUGGCCACAUGCAAUAAACUCCGUCGCCGAGAGAAUCUUGACUACGGAUUCCAUCGUCCAACUCAACGAUGGCCUAUGUAUGGGGGCUCUCUGGCAUCUAACCGAAGUCUUGCCCGAUGCAUUAUAUCGCCCAUUAAUCUUCCAGUUUUGUGAGACGGCUUCCAGGAUGACAUUCGAUGAUGACAGAUCGCUACAAGCAGCCAUCCUCGACGCAUAUGAAAUGACAGAAGGAAUGAUGGGCAGUCCAUUCCCCACAGUCCAUAAGGUGUUGCCAUUAAGCGCAGAAACAACACUCUACCUGGCUUCAGCUAGAGUGUCAUACGACGAUCUCAUUCUAAAGUCACUCGAUAAAACGAUUCAGAGUCUUCAUCUCGACUGUCCAACGAACGAACAGGACACACCAAUCGACUCUGCCACACUGAUUGCCACCCUUGCAGAGACAUCAGAUGUUCACCUGGCAAGCGAGUUGGUCAAACUCAAGAUUCAAGCAGACGCAAUGAAAAUGGUAGCGCCAUUGCGUUCCUGGCGUAAAUACAUUUCCAAGGACAAAGACAUUCAUGCUGCUAUCGUGAACAAGUUCACUAAAGAGUCUUCCGGCACCAUUUGA